UGUGAUCCGUCCCAGCAGCCCAGGGGAGCCAGACCAUAUCUGGUAUGUCUCUCUGGAACGGUUUUGGGGGAAUUCACCAAAGUUGGAACUUAAGACGUGGACUGCCGGUAACCCCGUAACAUGGGGAUGUGGUGGUGCUGCCUGCGUGCAUACCCCCCACAAGGGGACCUGGUGCCCGGGGUGGGAGUCGGCUUAUACAGCUCGGCAGCCCUGGCUGCUUGGCCCGCCCUUGAAUGGCCGUGAACUUGUUUUUCCACGUCAUUUGCUCUCAAAUGUACUCUACUGGGCGAUGCUAACACAGCGGCUCAGGUCCCUCCUCGUAACAAGCGAUUGUGUGUUCUUUAGAGGUGGCUGAGAGGAGGAGGGGGCCUGGCCCCGAGGAGGUGGGGAAAGGAAACAAACCUGCCUCACAGUGAGCGUGCGUGUCCUGGGGCCAGCUCCCCUCAAAGCACAUGCCAUUCCUGUCCCUGGAAAGGGUUAAAGGCCUCCUGGAGUCAAGAACAAGCAGGUGUCCCACCGUGCCAGAGACUGCUGCCUAAACUGCUUCCAGCUUUCCCCCCUUCUGCAAUACAGCCUGUGAUCAGCCACGGGACAGAGGCGCCAGCAGCCUGCCUCUGACAGACAUCAGGUUAGCUCGCUCCCACUCGGGUGGUGCGUCCAGGAUAUAAAUCCAGGCUCGAGCCCCUGCCGUGUUCCUCUCCCUGCGCACCCGGGGUUGGGGGGGGGGGGGGGACGGAGUUUCCUUCCAAAGACCUUUCUUUUAUCUGAAGCCUCACAGCCCAGCAGGCUGCACUUGGUGGAAACGGCCACAGCAGCCGAAGCCAGCAAGCAGCCUCAGCAAGGAGACUUGCUGGGGUGAAGAGGGCAGGUGUGCCAGCCCCUGGAGAAGGAGGGCCCUAGUGGGCCUCAGCCUUGGUGUCAUCACAAGAAAGCCCUCUGGCCACUGCAGACGGCACCAUGCGGGUCCCAGGGUAUCAUCGGUUUUGGUUCCACUGGGGGCUGCUGUUGCUGCUGCUCCUGGGGGCACCCCUUCGAGGCUUAACAUUGCCACCCAUCCGAUAUUCCCAUGCGGGCAUCUGCCCCAACGACAUGAACCCCAACCUUUGGGUGGAUGCCCAGAGCACGUGCAAGCGAGAGUGUGAAGCUGAUCAGGAGUGUGAGACCUAUGAGAAGUGCUGCCCCAAUGUGUGCGGGACCAAGAGCUGCGUGGCAGCCCGCUACAUGGACGUGAAAGGGAAGAAGGGCCCUGUGGGCAUGCCCAAGGAGGCCACGUGCGACCACUUCAUGUGCCUGCAGCAGGGCUCUGAGUGUGACGUCUGGGACGGACAACCCGUGUGCAAGUGCAAAGACCGCUGCGAGAAGGAGCCCAGCUUCACCUGUGCCUCCGACGGCCUCACCUACUACAACCGCUGCUACAUGGAUGCCGAGGCCUGCUCCAAGGGCAUCUCCCUGGCUGUGGUCACCUGCCGCUACCACUUCACCUGGCCCAACACCAGCCCACCACCGCCUGAGACCACUGCCCAUCCUACCACGGCCUCUCCAGAGACUCUGGGGAUGGAUAUGGCAGCCCCAGCCUUGCUCAACCAUCCUGUCCAUCAGUCGGUCACUGUGGGCGAGACGGUGAGCUUCCUCUGUGAUGUGGCGGGCCGGCCGCGGCCCGAGCUCACUUGGGAGAAACAACUGGAGGACAGAGAGAAUGUGGUCAUGAGGCCCAACCACGUGCGUGGCAAUGUGGUGGUCACCAACAUCGCCCAGCUGGUCAUCUACAACGCCCAGCCCCAAGAUGCUGGCAUCUACACCUGUACGGCUCAGAACGCUGCUGGCGUCCUAAGGGCUGACUUCCCACUGUCAGUGGUCAGGGGUGGUCAGGCAAGAGCCACCUCAGAGAGCAGUCUCAAUGGCACGGCUUUCCCAGCAACUGAGUGCCUAAAGCCUCCCGACAGUGAGGACUGUGGAGAGGAGCAGACACGCUGGCACUUCGAUGCCCAGGCUAACAACUGCCUCACUUUUACCUUUGGCCAUUGCCAUCGCAAUCUCAACCACUUUGAGACCUAUGAGGCCUGCAUGCUGGCUUGUAUGAGCGGGCCUCUGGCCACGUGCAGCCUGCCCGCCCUGCAGGGGCCCUGCAAAGCCUACGUGCCACGCUGGGCCUACAACAGCCAGACAGGCUCAUGCCAGUCCUUCGUCUACGGUGGCUGCGAGGGCAACGGCAACAACUUUGAAAGCCGUGAGGCCUGCGAGGAGUCGUGUCCGUUCCCACGGGGCAACCAGCACUGUCGGGCCUGCAAGCCACGGCAGAAACUCGUCACCAGCUUCUGCCGAAGUGAUUUUGUCAUCCUGGGCAGGGUCUCGGAGCUGACUGAGGAGUCCGACUCGGGCCGUGCCCUGGUGACCGUGGAUGAGGUCCUGAAAGACGAGAAGAUGGGCCUCAAGUUUCUGGGCCGGGAGCCACUGGAAGUCACGCUGCUUCACGUAGACUGGGCCUGCCCUUGCCCCAACGUGACAGUGGGCGAGACCCCGCUCAUCAUCAUGGGGGAGGUGGAGAGCGGCAUGGCCAUUCUGAGACCUGACAGUUUCGUGGGCGCAUCGAGCACACGGCGGGUCAGGAAGCUUCGUGAGGUCGUGCACAAGAAAACCUGCGAUGUCCUCAAGGAUUUCCUGGGCUUGCGCUGAGGCUGGCCCGUCUACCCUGACCCUUCUCCACCCACCCACCCCCUGCCCUCAGCCAGCCAACGGGUGAGAUCAGGUUAGGCAACCGUGGCCAGCGGAGCAAGCUCAGCUAACAUGUGGGAAGAAACCAACCAUAGGUCUAAAAAACGAUCUCUAGUCUUUGGGUUCCACAGAAGAUCCAUGUCUUUUCUAGCUGGGAGAGAGGCUGGCUGGGCAAGAAAAGACACAUGUAAGUUAUUUCCCAUGAGCGGGCCCUUGAGGUAGCCUCAUCCCCCUUUGCUGACCCAUGUCCCUCUGCCCAGUCUCCUAGCCAGGAUCAGAAAGAGAUGGCAUCCACGCUGUUAAAAGGGUUAGCUUGUAUAGGGGAUGUGUGAGGAGAGAGCAGAGAGUUCAAGGGUUGCUUAAGACGACUUCCCCACCGCCUGCUGCAUCACUGUAAUCAGAGGUGGCCUCCCGUUAAGGGUUGUGAACCUUUGGAAGCCACUGUCCAACCCAGGAUAUAACUUUAUCCUAAUGGAGGCUGCAGGGACGGCUGCCUUUGAUGGAGUCAGUUUGUGUCCCUGAGGUUACCACAUCAGCAAAAGCCCUGUUUUUCUCUCCUCAGUUGCACUGCUUUGUUGGGUGGGUUGCUUCUGUUCCUUUCAGUUCAGUUCAGUGGGCACUUCCUGGGUGCCAGGUGCUAGGACCAUAGAGAGUGGUCCUGCUCCCCUGGUAGAGCCGAAAAACGCCAAGUACUCAUCCCCCAGGAGCCAGUGGCUGAUUGGCAGCAGUCAGCCACUACCAUCUGAUGGACGGUAUGCUUUUAUAGACCAGGGACUUCCUUGGAGAAGUCCCAGGAUCUGUUUUGGUAGCAAGGGAAAUAAGGAAGACAAAAGGCAGGAGGGGCAGCGGACAGACAGGCCAGGAAUCACAACAGAGGCGGGCCUAGGGAGAAGGAAUAUUGCUCGAUGCUGCCAUCUAGUGGUGAAUGUUGAUAUCUACAGGGAUCUGGUGGGAGAAACUAUCUAGGCCGGGUCUGGAAGGGACCUUUUGGAGACGGCAGCUCUGAGAUCACUUGUUUCUCCGGGUCCCAGGCACACAGGCACUGGGUAGAGGAUUUGGAACCCCUCUGCCAUCUCUGCAUCUCUCCUCUUCCCUCUUCAGCCCUUCAUUCUGUCCACAUCCCUCCAAAGGAGGCAUUGUGGGAUGCCCUAAUGUCUUUCUCAAA